AUGGCAGCAGCAAGAUUCGACAGCACUGAGUUACCGUUCAGCAAAUACCCAGCAUGGGUGCUGGGAAAGCUCCGACCUGUCGCCAUUGAGAAGAUCAAAGCUGUGCAUGAUUGGGUGGAGACCGAAUGUAUUCCAGCCGAGCCCAUAAUGAAGGCCCAGUUGGCAAAGAACCGCUGGAAGACACCUACUCUGAUGAAGGAUCUACGACAAAAGGCCAAAGAACGCGGUCUCUUCAACCUUUUCCUACCGAAUCAUUUCAAAGAAUCGCCGGGCUUGACCAACUUGGAGUAUUCGUGUUGCGCUGAAAUUAUGGGCAAGGUAUACUGGGCCGCACAGACAAUGAAUUGCCAUGCCCCAGAGACGGGGAAUAUCGAGCUGCUCGCCAAAUAUGCCAACGAGGAGCAGAAAGAGACAUGGCUGAAACCGCUCAUGAGUGGCGAUUUCUCCUCUGCUUACUCCAUGACUGAGCCGGAGGUAGCCUCGUCUGAUGCGACCAACAUAUCGAUCCGUAUCCAGCGAGAUAGUGACGAGUACGUCAUUAACGGUCGCAAAUUGUUCGGAAACGCUAAGUGGAAUCCGGAGGUGCAGUUGUAUAUUCUCAUGGGGUGUACCGACCCCAACAACCCCGAUCCUUGGAAACGCCAUUCAAUGGUACUCGUCCCUAGCGACACUCCUGGUCUCCACAUGAACUUAAACCUCACCAUCAUGGGGUACGACCAUGCCCCCGAAGGCCACGGCGAAUAUCGCUAUGAUAACGUUCGCAUUCCGGCCUCGAAUGUGAUUCUGGGCGAAGGUCGGGCAUUCGAGAUUGCUCAAGGACGACUGGGCCCGGGACGAAUUCAUCAUUGUAUGCGACUGAUCGGCCAGUGUGAGAGAGCAUACGAGUUUGCUCUUCUUCGGGCGACCGACGAACGAAAAAAGCCUCGUGGAAAGUUAAUCGGCCAGUUCGAUAGUAACAUCGAGCGCAUUGCGAGCAUGCGCUUGGAACUCGAUGCGUUGCGCUUAGUCGUGCUCAAUGCCGCCGAUACAAUGGAUACGCAUGGCAACAAGGCCGGGCGCUAUGUUAUUGCUCAGAGCAAGAUUCUUGUUCCUGAGGGUGCGGCUCGGAUCAUUGAUGAGUGUAUGCAGAUGUAUGGUGGGCAGGGCUUGACUCAACAUACGCCGUUGCCAGAAAUGUGGACAUACGCUCGGUUUGUUCGUUUGGCGGAUGGGCCUGACGCAGCUCAUCGUCAUCAGGUUGGGAGAGAUCAGUUGAAAACGGCCAAGGAUGUGAAGAAGAGACAUGAAAGAUAUUACGAGAUUGCGGAGCGUUUGAAGCGAGAGUUUGAGUUGGAGGAUAACUUGGCGGCCGACUACAUGUGGGAGUAUUUGGAUCUGUCUACAAAAGCAAAACUUUAA